CAUGGCUGGUAUUGAGUCUGGAUUUGAACGCAAUAAAAGUCCAGAAGAGCUAAUAAAAAAGUUCCAGAAAUACGGGUAAUCUUGAGGAACAUUGCGGAUGAGUUAACAACAUCUGAAUUGAAUGCAAUGAUAUUUUUGGCCAGAGAUGAUCUGCCCAAGGGUAAAUGCGAGAAUAUGACUCCGCUAGCAUUUUUGGUGGCUUUGGAGGAACGACAAUUAAUUGACACUAAGGAGAAGAAGAUGGAUUACUUAGUGAAUCUUUUAAGUCUUUUACCGCGCGUUGAUUUAAUGAAGAAGCUUACGGGAAAGAAUUAUAUUUCGUUUGGAUAUAGUCAGGUCGAGAAUGUUGUUAUCGAAGAAAAUGUUACCAUUAAUAAUUGUGUCGUCGCAAGCGCAACAACUGAGAAAAACAUUGUUGAAAUUCAUUCCACUACAAGUAGUUUUGAGGAAAAUGAAGUGAGUGGCAUUAAACAAUUUUUAGAGGAAGCCGAUGUGAUGUAUCAAAGAUAUAGGCAAAUGGAAAUUGAUUUAGGAGAAGCCAUGGCAGGAAUGCCGAAUUGAUAAGAAAAAACCAAGAAUUAGAAUCAGAAAUUUACGAGUUGAAGAACGAUCAGUGCCAUUUGACACAAGAACGUAAUUGUGCUUUAGGGGAAAAAGCGAAAUUUGUUUUUCGAGAGAGCGAAGCAAAAAAAGAAUUGUAUGAUUUAAAGUGCAUGGUUGACUCGUUGAGCAAGGAAAGUGCUAAAGAUAAAAGCCUUAUUUCCAAUAAAGAUAGACAGAUCAAUGAGUUAAAUGAAACUUUAAAGGUGUACGAACAUGCAGCCAUUCAAAUGAAAUCUAUUAAUGAAAAAAUUAAUGAAGACAAAGCGGAACUGGCGAAGCAAUUGUUAAAAUGGAAAACAGAGACCAAAGAAAAUACUCAAGUUUUAUGCAAACGUUGUGGAUUAAUGUUCGAUCCAGAAAAUAACUCAAAGGAUGCAUGCGUUUCACAUCCUGGAGUAUUUGAAUGGGCUGGCUCUGUGUUAAAGAGAAGGGAAUGGUCAUGUUGUAAGAGUACAAAUGCCAAUGCGGUAGGAUGUUGUAAGAAAAAGCAUUUGUUCAUAGAACCUCUGUUAUCCCCAGGUCCUCUUAGUCGUCAUAAAAAUGAUGAAAGCUUAAAUAAUGACAGUUCUGAUGAUGACAGUACUAGAGAUGACAGUUCUAGUGAUGACAAUUUCAUCAAUAAUAGCCCUGGUUAUGAUGCGUCAAAUGAUCUCUUCAAAUCCGAUGAUGAUCAUUUAUUUGAAAAGAUGUUUCUUGAUGAUGAAUAUGACAUUAAAGAAGAUGUGCACAUAAAGCUCAAAAGUUUGCCUUGGAUGCGGGGCGUUUAUGGAAAAGUCGGUCCAAACGAGAAAAUACCAUAUUUCCAUUUGUUUAUCACAGUUGAUUACGAGAAUGUUCAUGAAGUUAAAUUGAAAGAUGAAAUCGAUGAAAUGUUUGGACCGAACGCUUCGAGGUACUUUGAAUUUCGUCCAAAACCAUCGAAAACACCAAAGCUUCAACUGCUAUCAAAGAUUGCAGUAGAAAGAAACAGUCGGUCAGUUUCAAGAGGCACAUUAACGAUGUUCUGUUACCAGAACGGGAAACAUUACGCGUUGACCUGUUGUCAUGUUUGUUACAACUGAGAUGGUGAUGACAAACUUUAUGAAAUGCUCAAUCAAAACAAAAAUCAAUACAACUACACAUCAUCUUCAGAACCCAAAAUUCACUUAGGCCAUUUCAGCUACUAUAAUUUACAAACUGAUAUGGACAUUUUGUCAAUAGAAGUCAAUGAAGAUUUUAAAGAAAAUUGCAGACGAAAUAGAAUACACAGACCUUCUUGGAAUGAUGUAUGGAGGGAGCUGAAUAAACGAGUUCAUGUUGCGCACGAGACAGUUGAAGUAAAAAAGUAUGAGAAGUAAAAGAUUGGGAAAAUUUAUGAUGUUUCUUUUUCCUGUAAUGAUCCUGAAGGGAAGGUCGUGUAUCAGGAUGCCGUUCUGGUGAAAAGCAAAGAACAUUUCCUUAAAAGUGGUGAGUCUGGCGUGCUAGUAUAUUUUCGGGAUGAGCAUGGAAGAAGAAUUCCCUUUGGUUAUGGUAUUGCUCGGGUUUAUCACGAGGAACUCUGCGAGCCAGGUUGUGCAAGUCAAAUGCCUGAAAAAUGAAGAGGGUUGCGUCUUAAGGAAGAACAUCCGGCUUAAAAACCAUUGCCAAAAUGAAAUAUGUACAUCAGUUCUUUGUCUUCCAUACCAGAUCAGUCGCAUAGCCUGCUGGAAAUGGAAUUGAAUUACUGUAGGUCUGCAAAGAGGAGAAAACGUAUCUUCACAAAGAAAGAGUUGACGAAUGACAGAGUUAAGCACUGCAUGAAGUUAGAACUUUAAAUGUUGGGAUAAUGUAAGUAAAAGCUAGACAGUUGGUGGACAUAAUGUAAUGGGAAGAAGUAAAUAUCUUGAAGGGAAAGGUAAUAAAGCUAGAAGAUGAGAGCAGGAUUUAUAAUGAGUGGACUGAAAAGCCGCAUCAAGUAAUUUUUAUGAGGGGAACUAAGUUUUUGUCCACUUGUAAGUUUUUUUCAUUAAAAAAAGAGAAGGAUUUAUCUUGAUGGAGGAGUUUAUCAAGAAUGUUAUAGAGAAUAGAAAUUCAGUAAUGUGCGUGAAGUUAAAAAUCAAAGGUUUGAUGUUUAAUGCAAGAGGUGGUUCAUAUUAAGCUCCAAAUGUAGAAUGCAAAUUAGAGGAAGAUAUUUUUAGUGCCUAAGAUGAAGUGGUACAGAAAAUUUCAUGAAGUGUGAGGAUAGUUAUUGGUUCUGACUUCAAAAGACAUUUGACAAAAUGUCUCCAGUUGACAAAAUGAUGGCACUAUAGGUUUUCCUUCAGCUAUGAGUUUCGGCAUCCAUGUUGUCGCAAUGUGAAACCACCUGUACUGCGUUUCGAGCAUGACUUAACCAAGACAUCUCAAGACAUCAGAACUACAAACAUAAUCGCUAGCACAUAGUUAGAACACAUAGUUACAAAAAAAUUAGAAUGCACAGAAGUUACAGUGUUACAACUUAUAGUCAAAAUGACAGUGGAAAACCAGUUUAAUUACAGAAUGUGAGAAUGCCAUAAUUUUCCAAAAAGACUACCUCGGAGGUGCUCAAAUGUUUCCAAAAAAUCUCACCAGGUCAACUGAUAUUUCAAGAAUUGGUACGCAGCUUUGUACAAGUCGGUAGCCAUACCAUAGGAAACAAACAGUAGUCAGUACUCAGUACAGUCUUGUUUACUGCGUUAUUGUGUAUCUUUCAUUAAAUAAAAUAUUGGCUGUGGUUAAUCAUCUGCACGCUCCUAUUGGUCACAAAAUUCAAUUUACCUGGCAAAAUUACGUUAAUCAUAUUAGCAAUAAGAUACUUGUUACAAAAAUAUAUUCAGUAGAGUUGAAGGAAUUUUUCUUUCUAUACUGUGGUCUUGCGAUGAACUGCACUUGAACGAUAAAGCACAUAAAACUGUAUAAAACAAUCUUUAUUAAAAUCAAAAAUUCAUCACAGGCUACCCACAAAAACGACUUCAGUUGUUUUAAUCUAAUGCAAAAAAAUAAUUCUGAAUUAAGUAUGUAGAAUACAUACCAUGCACGCACACCUUUAUUGUAAUGCUAGAAUAAAGUUGUGUCAUAGUGAUUUCUUUCUGUUAAAAUGUUACGAACGAGCUUGUUAAACUGAAAUAAAGCAUGUGGUUAAGACUAGUAUGAAAAUUAUACAUGAAAUUGAUUCGUGCGAA